CGGUCCCCGGCAGGGCGGAUGGAAGCGGCGGGGCCCGGUGGCGGCAAACAAAGAGCAGCCGCCAUUUUGUAAAGCUGGGCCGCGGGCGGUGGCUGCUGCUACGCUGAGGAAAGCCGGGCGGGGAGAAGGCGGGUAGACCACGGAUUGCCUUGAAGAGCCCGCUCGCCGCCUUUUCUCCGUGGCCAGUGAGGCGAGCAAUGCAUCGUGACUCUUGUCCGCUGGACUGCAAGGUUUAUGUGGGUAACCUUGGAAACAAUGGCAACAAAACUGAACUAGAGCGAGCUUUUGGCUACUAUGGACCACUGCGCAGUGUAUGGGUGGCGAGAAAUCCUCCUGGUUUUGCCUUUGUGGAAUUUGAAGAUCCACGAGAUGCAGCUGAUGCAGUAAGAGAACUAGAUGGAAGAACCCUCUGUGGGUGUCGUGUCAGAGUGGAACUCUCCAAUGGUGAGAAACGGAGUCGGAACCGUGGUCCACCUCCAUCCUGGGGCAGGCGUCCUCGAGAUGACUAUCGCAGGAGAAGUCCUCCUCCUCGUCGCAGAUCACCACGAAGGAGAAGCUUUUCUCGUAGCCGCAGCAGGUCCCUCUCCAGAGACAGAAGAAGAGAGAGAUCACUCUCACGGGAGAGGAAUCACAAGCCUUCUCGUUCCUUUUCCAGGUCUCGCAGUCGCUCCAGGUCAAAUGAGAGGAAGUAGGACUAUGAGAAGGAGCUGUGUACAGGAAGUCAUUAGAUCUGAGGACAGGAGGAGUAUGUACAGAACAUUGUUUUGUUUUGAAACUUCAUAAAGCUUGGUGCAUUUUUAAAAUGUUUUAGCUGUUGAACUUGCUUUGUUCCUUGUAUCUUGUAACAGGUGGCAAAUGUAAAGAUGUGAAUCUGUAUAUGGUUCUGAGCAGAUCAUAUGAUUUGUAAUAUUAAUCACUUUACAAUGUACCAUUAUGCAUAACUUUUUGUUGCGUUGAAUGGUAAGCAGUUUGUCUGGCAUAGAUAGAAUGCUUCUGGUCUUGACGUGCUGGGGAAUGUUUUGCUGGGAUUCAGCUUUUGGAAGGAGGCAUGCAAUGAAGAUGUGUUCAUUGCGGAAGCAUGGCCAUGAGCGGUGUUUGUGCAGAACAAGACGCAGAUGCUUCAUAGACAGUUCUCGGAAAUAGUCAGGAACGUCGAGCGAGCGGCCUGUGAGGGGAGUGACUGAGCUGCAGUUUUAUCCAGAGCUCUAGUUCUGACUUCCAUUACCUGGAAGUGAGCUACUUUGUAUUACGUGAAAUAUAAAUCUUUAGCCAUAGGGUCAGUUAAUUUUGUACUUCAUGUGACUAGAGUACUUCUUAAAUAGAUGAUUGUUGAUUGACCAUCUAUUCCAGAACCUCUGAAUAGACCAAAUACACAGCAGAACUGACAACUGGAGUGGAUGUGUUGAGCGUGUAAUGGUACAUUGUAAAAGUUACAAAUUAAACAUUUCUUUACUGUACAAGAAUUUUCAUGUCACUUGUAAAAUGUCUUUUGUGAGAUCCUUGGGAUUAAAGUUUUGGUUACAA